GGGCGCGUGAGAGCGCGGAGAGCUGAUGUUCACAGUUGCGGGGCAGCGUGUCGGAACCUUGUCCAUACAGCCAGCGCGGACCUAAACGAGGUCCCUGUUUUGUUACCUGGUGCAGCUCCUAAGCGGUGACCGUAGCCGGAUGUCGGUGCUCGUCGGUUGACGCGUGCCUAGUUGCUCUAGCGCGUGGGAGCAUGCUGUCUGUGCUCUCCUACGGGAGGAUUGUUGCCCGGGCUGUCCUGGGGGGACUCUCGCAAACGGACGGCCGGGACUACAGCCUGGUCACCGCGAGCUGCGGCUUCGGGAAGGACUUUCGAAAGGGAAUCUUGAAGAAAGGGAUGUGUUACGGCGACGACGCGUGCUUCAUCGCGCGGCACAGAUCCGCAGAUGUUUUGGGCGUAGCGGAUGGUGUGGGUGGAUGGCGGGACUACGGCGUGGAUCCGUCACAGUUCUCUGCCACUCUGAUGCGGACAUGCGAGCGUUUGGUGAGGGAGGCUCGGUUCACUCCCACCAGCCCCGUGGGGAUCCUCACCUCAGCCUACUACGAGCUCCUCCAGAACAAAGUGCCCCUCUUGGGAAGCAGCACAGCCUGUAUUGUGGUGCUGGAUCGAAGGAGUCAUCGGAUACACACGUGUAACCUUGGUGACUCAGGGUUCCUGGUGGUCCGGGGGGGAGAAGUGGUCCACCGGUCAGACGAGCAGCAGCACUAUUUCAACACGCCCUUCCAACUGUCAAUCGCUCCGCCAGGGGUGGAGGGAGCAGUGUUGAGUGACAGUCCUGAAAUGGCGGACAGUUCCUCGUUUGACAUUCAGCUUGGUGACAUUAUCCUCACAGCUACUGAUGGCCUCUUUGACAACAUGCCAGAUUACAUGAUCCUCCAAGAGCUCAAGAAGCUGAAGAACUCCAACUACGACAGCAUCCAGCAGACGGCCCGCAGUAUCGCCGAGCAGGCACACAACCUCGCCUACGACCCCAACUACAUGUCCCCCUUUGCCCAGUUCGCCUGUGACAACGGCCUCAACGUUCGGGGAGGGAAGCCUGAUGACAUCACAGUGCUGCUCUCUAUAGUGGCGGAAUACACAGACUGAGCAUGCUCGCUGGAGGGCGUGGCAUCUCACCUGUCUGUCUUUUCAUCUGUGCUGCUUCCUGUUUUUCUUCUGCCUGCACCCUUCUUUUUCUUCCGUGUUUUCCAACCAAUCAGAGGAAGGGGACAGCGUGGACUUGUUGGUGUGGGUGGACGAAGGUUCACUGGGAGGCUGUUUAUCGGUUUGUUUUUUUUAGCUUUGUUGUAUGAUCUUGCUCAAGGCAAAGAGGAUUAUGGGAGACUUGUUCAUCCUACGCCUCCUGACUGGUUGAGCUGUAGUUUUGUGAGCAGUCCUACUGUCUUCGUACAUGGGGCUGAUGUGUUUAUCUAAGGGCCUUCUGCGUGAGACUGUUGUUCCUGUGGUGAACUGCUGCAGGGUUGGACUUUUGUUAAAAUUAAUUCCUCAGUGUUGAUAUGGGGUGAUGUGUGCUGGGGUCAUCUGUGUUCAAGAGUGUGGGGCAGUUGGUAACAAUUGCCUCAUAAUGAUCUAAUUCUGGUGUGUGUGUCUGAGGGCUGUGUUGGUCUGGCAGCAUAUCACUGCCCAGACCAAACGCUACCGGGCUCGGGAUGGCGCAUGCAUGCGGGGGGGGGGAUAUUUUCUUUUUGAUCGGACUCAAUGGCAUGUCACAAUGCCGUUAUAGUCUCAUGAGAGCAGCGACGUCCGCCGUUCUAUCCUCGUGAGACUGACACACGGGCCUCAGCUGGCACUGCUUUGGCACUUCACCUCUGAUCAUAUCGGAGCUUAAUCCUCAUUGGCUAGAAUCUCUGCUGAGAAACAAGUACUGAAAUGUUGGUGUGUGGACGUUGUGCUCAUAUUUAAAUGUAAUUUUAUAUUGUUCAAAGAAAUAUUAUAUCUGUAUGAACUUCAUGAGCGCUGCUAGCAAAUGUCUGGCUGGAUGGCUCUCUGCUCAGCUCUGCCCCCUGCUGCUCAGUCCCGUCCCCUACUAUGGCCGGCUACUUUCCCUGACCACCAAGGCAAUACGCAGCUUAUGUUGAACAAGCCUUUAGUUUAGUUGUAGGCUAAUGUGAGAUUAAUGUUUUAACAUGAAGGGCAUAACUUUAGGCCAGUGGCAAGCUGAUGUUCUGAGAGAGGGUUUGGUUGUUGACCAGUAGCAGGUGAGUGUUGAGAGGGAGGGGUUAAUUGUUGGCCAAUGGCAUGUUGUUCAGAGCUAGGGGUUAGUAAUGGCAUCUGCAUGUCUUGGUGAUUUUAAAGUUCCUGUGUUUGAGUGUUUCAGCAGAUAAUAGGGACUGCCAGGAUUAUUAGCCCCACUCUUUGGGUUAUGCAGGAGUGGCCUUUGUGUAGUUGGGCAUGGAAGAGGCAGGGUAAGAUUUAAUACACCUUUUGGGCACUUGAGAUGUCUGUUUAUUUUUGAGAAACGAACAAACUGUAAACUGAUAUGGCACCGACUUCACAGCAGAGUGUGAAAGAUGGUGGCCAUCGUCUCUCACACACGUGUGCGAGCACGCACACACACACACACACAGUAUGGGACAUAAUCGUGGCGUAUCUGGUGCCGCAGUUGGUGCUGGUUGGUGGUCACUGGUCUUCUGGACAUGCAGGUCUGGAUGUAUUUUCAGUUUUGGAAAAUUACAGCAACAGUUCAUGAAUGUAUUUGGCUUCUGUUAAAAUGCAACAUACUAAAUGCAACAAGUUUGGACUAAAGUUGAAAAAAAGCGAGAUCCACAGCAGCAUCCCACCUUUGGUAUUGCUUUGUUGAUUUUCUCUGCUCACACACGUCUCCCUGAGCAGAUGUGUUAGAGCAGAGCUAAAGUAGAGCAGAGACACCUCUCUGAAAGUUGGUGCUUUGAGGGUAAACUCUCUCCAACGGUGAGCCAGGCGGCAUUAGCUGUGGAUGUGUUGGGCCUCCAGGGGGCGCUGUCUGUGUGAAUGUAUAGAACUCCACUAAGUCAGGGGAGAAGCAGGCUGAAUACGCACAAAUGCACCUGGAAAACUUCUAAUGAAAUCAGUAGGUCAGGUGUUAAUGUUUUAUUUUUAUAAACACUUAGUUUUUAGCAGACUCAAGAUUUAAACAAAAAAAGAGAUGUGAUGGUAUAAACCUUUUUUGGACAAAUGUUUUGUGUGCGUGCGUGUGUGUGUGUGUGUGGGGUGGGGGGGAUGUCUUUGUGCCCAGAGCUAGACCGCAUCAGAGGCAGGCGGUCUGGUUCUCUAGGGUUCAUGUCUCCUGCUUUUAAUAAGAUGAACAAACAAACAGCACUGCUAAACCAAAGACAUUACCAAUACCCCUAUUUAAUGGUAUCUUUUUUUUUUUUAUAAACCUUUGGAGUCAUAUUUGUACGUUUCGGUCUGAUUUAAGAAUAUGUACAGCAAUAUAUGGUAGUGACCCUUUUGUUUCAAUGAUUCUGUUUUUCUUUUCAUCUUAAUUAUUCAGAUUCCUGAAUGAGAACUUUGUCUGGAUGAAUGUAUUUUGUAGACUGUGCUGUAAUAACGGUUCUGUGGUUCGUUGGUGGGGGGUGGGUGUAUCCGGGGAUAUCCAAACCACUGUUCAGGUGCACACUGAUUUUGGAUCAGCGCACAUGUUGGUGGCACAUCACCUCACCCCACCACUCUCUGAAUCAGGAAUACAGGCCAUGUGAAAAUCCAUUGUUUAUCCGAUUAUUUACUAAACAAUGAAAGUGGCUCAUCCACGAUGGUGUAUGAAAAAUUAGCUCUGAGAUUUGGAAGCCUUUCAAAGAAAGUUUGAAAAUCCCACGGUGAAGGUGUGAACGUGUUUCUUGUGUUGAAGAUGAGGUUGGUAGGAACAUGUGCAGACAGCCCUCCACCCCUGGCUCCACCCACUACAUACAUGUCCUUUAAGUUGUGCCUGGAACAAACCCAUACCAGGUCCACUGUUCAGAGAGCAAACUGGAGAGGGUUGUUGAUCUGGGGUCAGUUUUGUUUGGGAUUAAAAUUAGCAUCAAAAUGUUGGGAGAAGUGUAGCCCUCUAUCAAAGUCCUACUGAGACACUGGGGGGGGGAAAUCACUCAGAACUCACUCAGAACUCUGGUCUCAUUCUUCCCAUAUCUCGUUUUGAUUGUGUGUGUUUGAGAGAACAUCCCAGUCAGUUUUCAAUGCUUACACGCUCCCAAGUGCAUCCUGAACCACUGGGUUGGUGCGGUACACUUUGAGGACACCAGUAUGUAGAGAGUCUCAGCUUUUCACUGUGGAAAAUCAAAGCAGAAAAGCCACAUUACCAGCGUGAUGGAGGCACGCGUCGUCUCCAGAGAGCCACCAGGGCCAUGCGUGCUAAUUAUGUAUGUUUGGAAAAAGACAAACAGUCCACAAUGUUCUAUAGUUAUACAGACAACAAAGUGUGUGUGUGUGUGUGUGUGUGUGUGUGUGUGUGUGUGUGUGUGUGUGUGUGUGUGUGUGUGUCUCUCUGUCUGUCUGUCUGUGUCCUUAAUACAGAGAUCAGUUUGUGGCUGCUGCAUCUGAUGGAUGCCUGGCCUGACAGAUUUGUUUGCCGUUCAGUUUUCCUUUUCUGAUGUGUGUGUGCAUCUCUCUCACCCCCCCAUUUUGUUCCAUUCUGUUCCCUAUCUCAUCAUUAAUCCUAUCCUCAGUCAUUCUGCUGUUUGCUACUGGCAUUUUGCUUUAAUGCCAAAUCCAGCUUUCUUUAUUACAACCCAAGAGGGGCUCAUGGAGCAGGUGGGCCCCAAGGUGUUGCUUCGGACCUGGGCAUGGUGGUCCCAUGCCGUGAGGGGGUGAUUCUCGGAUCCGUCUUCCCCUCUGUCCUCCUCUGACCCUCUCUCUUCUGCCUGUCUCUCUUGAGCCUUUGCGAUGGUGCUUGGGCAGAUAUGGUGACUCUUUGGGUCUCAUAAGACCUUGUUUGAAUGGGAUCUACACUGUUGUCUGUGUGUGUACAGUGUAACAAUGCAAAACUUGUUUCUGUAAAUGAAUUCCAAGAUGUAAAAUAUUUAAAUAAAAGAAUAUAGUAUUUAUA